GUUGGCGGCGGUUAGCUAGCGCCAUGUUCCGCCGUGCUCCGCGGAACUUCCGCGCCCGGCGGCGCGUGGUGUCCAGCGGCAGCGGCGAGGAAGAGGAGAAGGAGGAGCAGCUGCCGCCGCCGCCGCCGCCGCCGCCGACUGCCGCAUCGCCGCCGACUCCAGCCCCUGGCCGUGCCUCCGAGCAGGAAGCGGAGCCUGUGGAGGCGCCCAGCGGUGGCGCCGCGGCUCCCGCGGCGGAGGGCCUGUCACCCGCGCAGGAGCCGGCGGGCAGCCGCGGGGGCCGGGCGGAGGGCAGAGGGGCGGCCAGGGGCCGCGGGCCGCGCCUCGCCGGGAAGGUUCUGCUGAGCUUCGGGGGCGAGGAGGAGCGGGAAGAUGACGAAGAACUCUUUAAAAUUAAAAAGCCAUCCUUCAAUGAAGUAACUUUUAGAAUCCAAAAGAAGGAAAUCUUACCAUCCCCACAGAGAGAAGUUCAGGAAAGUGAAAAAAUCUGUCAGUUGGUGUCUAGAACCUGCAACACUGAAGCCACUCAUGAAGAAGAGGAUGAGACCUAUUCUUCACUUAGUGAGGACUACAACAGCUCAGACUCAGAAGCUGAAUCCAGCCAUCCACAGAGAAGGAAGGAUUUAUCAGCAGGCAGUAUACCCAGUGCAGCUUGCAUUGAGGCUGCUCGGAGGAAACGUCACUUAGCCAGGACACAAGCUGAUUAUCUGCCAUUGGAUGUUUUAAAUGAUCAUCAGGUCUCUCAGAGAAGACAAAGUAGUGAUUUAGAGAGUGAAGAUGAAGCUGAUAUGCGGAAUCUCAAUUUUACUCCUAAAGCAAGAACUCUAAGGCAGAGGAUGACUGAACACAUGGCCUCUGAGGAUGAUGAAUCAAGUGAAGAUGAAACACAAAUUAAGUGGGAAGAGCAGCAAAUAAAGAAAGCUGUUAAACUCUCUCAGGAUAUCCAUGACAAUGCUUCUCUGCAUAAAUCUCAACCAGCAAAACCAAAGUUUGAUCCCUCUGUUUCUCUGCCAUCUGUGAACCUGGAAAUUGUAAAGAAGCGGCUGACUGAAAGGAUAACGUCAUUACAGGAUGUGCACCGUGCCCACCAGAGGGAGUAUGAAAAAUACGUGGAGGACAUCGAAAGUUCAAAGACGUCCGUCCAGGAGUUAGAGAAGUCUUCAAAUGCAUCUCUGAAUUACAAAUUCUAUCGAGCCAUGAAAAUAUAUGUAGAAAACUUGAUAAACUGUUUGAACGAAAAGCUGGCAUACGUUAAUGAGAUAGAGUUGGCUAUGCAUGAACUUCUUCAGCAACGAGCCAGAAUGCUACUGAAACGAAGGCAAGAUGACCUGAGAAAUGAAUCUGCUUAUAUUCAGCACCUUUUAUGUGGUAAUGACAAACCAAGUAAUGGUGGAUUGGAGGAUGACGAAAAGAUGCAGCUUCUAAAAAUGUGUGAACAUCGAAGGACUUGCAGACAGCAAGCAAGAGUGUGUUUGGGAAAAGUUGAUCACCAUGAAGGUAUGUCUAGUGAUGAUGAGCUUCCUCUGACAGACAUGACUGAGUUCCAGAAGAGCAAAGACGAUAUUUUAGAGGCUAGUAGGAAAAUCUUUGAAGAUGUUCGUGCAGAUUUUUGUGACAUCAGAAAAAUCCUGCUGAAAUUCCAGGAGUGGAAAGAGAAGUUUCCUGACUCCUACUGUGAUGCUUACAUCAGUUUAUGCUUGCCGAAGCUUUUAAAUCCACUGAUCAGGGUUCAGUUAAUAAGUUGGAAUCCUCUUGAGCAGAAUUUCACAGAAUUGGAAGAGAUGCCCUGGUUCAGAGCCAUAGAAGAAUUCAGUGAUGCCAAAAACGUGUCCGAAUCGAAAAGGGAUGAUGACCCUGAUAAGACAGUCUUGCCUAGAGUGAUUGAAAAAACAAUUCUUCCAAAAAUUACAGGGUUUAUAAAGAAUGUGUGGGAUCCUUUAUCUGCUUCACAGACGAUGAACCUUGUGCAGCUUUGCAAGAGCAUUUUUGAAAAGCAAGUUCCCUCCAACAAUGAACACAGUCGAGCAAAAGAGGAUUUGAUAAAUGUAGUUGUCUUAAGAAUAAAGAAGUCUGUAGAGGAAGAUGUCUUUGUUCCUCUGUAUCCGAAAAGUGCUGUGGAAGACAAAUUGUCACCAUAUUCAAAAUUCCAAGAAAGACAGUUUUGGUCGGCUGUUAAGCUACUCUCCAAUAUUCUUCUUUGGGAUGGAAUUGUACAAGAAGAUACAGUCUGUGAUUUAGGACUGAGCAAGUUGCUGAAUCGUUACCUUCUUCUGAACCUCUUAAACACACCACCGGGGCCAGAUAACAUAGAAAAGUGUAAUAAGGUGGUGGCAUGCCUCCCAGAAAGAUGGUUCCAAGAUCUUAAAAGUGGAUCAACUCUCCCCCAGCUGAUGAACUUCAGCCAGCAUUUGUUGCAAUGUGCCCAGGCACUGCACAAGAAUAAUCACAGGGAUGAAACAAAAGAUGUUGUUGUUCUGCUGGUGAAAGUCAAUGCUCUGCAAAUUGUGGAAGAUUUUAUUGAAGAGUACAAACUUGAGCAUCUUAAAUCCAUGAUUGGAAAAUAGAAUUUUUUUGAAACAACACUUAUAUUACUGAAACAAGCGUGGUAUUCAUACUAAAAUAGUUUUAAUAUUAAAAUUUAAUUAGUGGACCUUGCCUAUUCAAAGAUGUAGUGAUAAUCAGUUGACCUCACUGUUUCAUUGCUAAAUACUUCAGCAGCUUUUACCAGAUUUGUCUUCAGCUGCCAUCCUACUCCCAAGUUAAGGUGUCUUUUUCAAAAUCACCAUUGUCAAAGUAAAGUGGCAUUUAAGGCCCUCUGAAAUGUAUGAAAAUGCUUUAUUGCUGUAUUCUUUUGGAAGGAUUACAGGAAAGACAGUGUCUGUGAAGUUGAUCACUGCACUGCUAUUGAGUGCACUUUAUAAGGUAUUUCUGAAAUACUGCUAAAUGCCACUUUUUGUAUUAGCAAUCAUUGAGUUCAAACUUGUGGUCCACAGAUUUCGGUAGUUUUGGUAGGGUCGUCAUUAAGAUAUCUUUAGUGGAAAAAGAACUGGUAAUGAUGCAGGGAUUUUGAUGCUGAUACAUAAAUUGGGGGGAAAAAACCCGAGUGAUUUAGCAUUUAUGAUUCAGUCAGUGCAAAUAAGGAAUUUAAUGGAUGAAUUCUGAGAUAAAAAUUUGCACAGGGGAAUAUUUUGGGAAGACCUAGUAAGAUGUACUGGAAAUCAUGUCCAGUGUAUAUUGGAUGGAGUUUUGUACUUGAGUGAUGCAGACUGGACUUCUGUGUCCAGACCUGGAGUUACCACACAUCAUGUUUUAUCAGACUUCCAAUAGACUGGAAACCUCUUGAUUAUGAGAAGCACAAGAACAACUUCAGUUCUGUAACUGGCAUUCUAGGACAAUCUUCCUUUUGCUUUCCAGUAAGAUUUGCCAAAUCCUAUUUCAUCAUACCCAAAUAAGAUUUUAAUGUUUUAUAAUGCUGUAUAUUUGUAAAAUAUUAUACUAUAGAAUGAAAAGGAUGCUUUAUUACAGAAACUCUAGUUCAUCGCCAGUUCUGAUGUACACUUAUUGUAUUUUCUCCCAAGUCUUCUGGGACUAGAAUUUAGCUCUUGCAGACUUGUUCCAUGAGGUCCUUGAAAUAAAUAUAUUUAAGUUAUAUUUUUGUAAAAUAUUUUAAUUGUAAAUAACAUUAUUUUACACAAAAGGUGAUUUGUAAAGUAACUUUGGUUUACUUUUAUUUUUAAAACAAGUAAAAAUAUUUUGAUAUUUAA